AAAAAAUUCGUCUUGGUGGAGCUUAUUAAUUUUUGAACCAAAUUACUUCAACUAGUUUUUAUUUUUUGAGGGAAAAUUACUUAAAUUAGUUGCUUAUCAAAUCAUCAAAUCCACUAAAUAAUAAAUAUUUUUUUGGGCAUAUUUACUUGAAAGAAGGGCACUAAAAAGAGAGGGAAUUCUCCAUUACUACCAAACAAAUGAUUCUUACAUUUUUCAAUUUUUGUUUAUGAUUGAGAAUUAUAAGAAUCCUCAAAUCAAAACUUCAACUUCAAUUAUCUUCAUCUUCUUCUUCAACUUGAAUCCACCAAAACGACACCGUUUGGAUCAAUGGUUAAGGGUUUACACAGUCAAAACCUCCCUACCGAUGUAUCCCAACUCAUCGAUCAGCUUGAACGCCACUGCUUGGCUCCUGAUGGAUCUCUCAUCUCAAAACCUCUCUACAACGAUCUUCAACUCGCUAGAGAGGAAAUGUGUAGGGAAAGACUUCGUUAUUUGGAAGCCACGGCUAUUUAUUCUGAGGCUAUUGCAAUGGUAGAAGAGUAUCAUCAAGCCAUUUCUGGCUCUAGCAUUGGUGGAAUUAGAGAUACUGGCGGUCUUUAUCCGCAGUUUGGACUAAGGAACUCUCCUCAGGUUUAUCAGACAUUAGAACAUCAAAUGAUUGUUGCUGAAGCGGCUCAACGAUUGAGACUGCCUAUGAUAUCCAAAGAUGGAGAAGUUCACGAUGAUGAAAUUGAAAAGCUAAGUGUAGUGUCUCGAAGCUCCCUCGACAGUGCUAGCACCAGUGGCGUGGUCAACUCAAGCAUAAACUCCUUUAAUUAUACCACUCCAAGCAGUUCUGUUAGUGGGGUUAAUUCUCUGGCUUCUAUGGAUCCAGUGGAACCUGGAGUUGGUGGUGUUCCCAAUCGUUUUCUUGGAAUUACACCGGCUUAUUUAUGGCAAACUCAGCGUCAGCAAACACCGUUAUCUGUGGAUAUGACAGAAUAUCGUAUGUCUCUCGCACGUGAGGUAGAUGGUCGCUUGAAAUUGAAAUGUGAUAAGUUAUCAGAUGCCUUUGUAUUGGAUGACAACGAUUCAUUUUCAUCUGGAAGUCAAAGUUCAUCUUCACGGCUUCCAGAAAGGGUGAAGUUGUUAAUUGAGGAUAUCGAAAGAGAAGAAGCAGCGCUGAGAGAUGACCUUUAUUCUGCUGAUAGAAAAUUUGCUGAAUAUUAUAAUGUAUUGGAGCAAAUACUUGGGGUGCUCAUUAAACUUGUCAAAGAUUUGAAGUUGGAUCACCAACAUAAAUAUGAUGAGUUGCAGAAAACAUGGCUCUGUAAAAGAUGUGAUACCAUGAGUUUAAAACUGAGGGCUUUAGAAUAUCAGCUCCUCCACGGAACUUACACUAACGAGUCUAUACCUGCGCUUCAUAAGAUCAGGAGGUAUCUCGUCGAGGCUACUGAAGAGGCUUCAAUUGCAUAUAAUAAAGCGGCUACUCGUUUGCGUGAGUAUCAGGGUGUCGAUCCUCACUUUGACGACAUUGCAAGACAGUACCACGACGUUGUAAAGAAAUUGGAGAACAUGCAAUGGACAAUCAACCAAGUUGAAGACGAUUUAAAACGUAUGUGAGAUAGUAUUUGUCUUGUUACUUAUGAUAGAUGUAUGAAACAUCAUUCCCUCGCGGUGCAUUUGAAGAGUUUUAUUGAAUUUUCCUAAAACUGUUCUUAUUCCUUGAUCUCUUACUGAUCCAUUCUUGUGUAACCAAGGUGGAGAAGAAAAUUCUUCUAUGA